AUGGCAGCCGCCGUUGUGUCGGGCAAGGAUAUCGAGAAACCUCAAGCCGAGAUCUCGCCAAUCCACCGCAUCCGUAUCACCCUCACCUCCCGUAACGUGCGAUCCCUCGAGAAGGUCUGCGCUGAUCUUAUCAAUGGCGCCAAAAAGCAGAAGUUGCGUGUAAAGGGCCCAGUCCGUAUGCCAACCAAAAUCCUUCGCAUCACCACCCGUAAAACGCCGUGCGGUGAAGGUUCCAAGACCUGGGACCGCUUCCAGAUGAGGAUCCACAAGAGGGUCAUUGACCUGCACUCGCCAUCCGAGAUUGUGAAGCAGAUCACCUCCAUCAACAUCGAGCCCGGUGUAGAGGUCGAGGUCACAAUCGCCGACGCG